AUGGCAGGAAAGUGUUGGAGAUGGGUAGGAGAUGUGCAGACUGGAUGGGGAUUGCAGAAUAGGCACGCUCCAGCAUUGUUGUCUAAUAGGGUACCAUCAGUGUCGCAAUUGGCAUCUGCAACAUCUGCAAUUCCAUCUCCAUCUGAAUCCACUGCAACCUCUGUUACAACUCCUGAUUCAUUGAAGACCAGUGAUGUUGACAAGUUUAUCUUGGGCUUGGCAAAGAAGUAUGCAUUAACUAUGGAGAUGUUUCUCCCAGACAAAGUUGUUUUUGAAACAGACUGUCCUGACCCUCCAGUUGACUUCUCAAGUCCGACUUGUUAUGCAAAAAAGUCUACAGAAAAGGCUGCACUUGUUGCUGAACUUUACGCAUCCAUCAACUACACAUUGCAUGCUAGGAUGCAAACAAAUAUGUUCUUCAACCAGGUCACAGACUUGAUCAGAUGGGAAGUAGGCAAGGGCAAAGUGUAUGAUAUCUUCAAGGCACUGAUACUUUACCCUGACCAUGUUGUAAAUGAGAAGAAGAUCUUCCAAAACUGGAUAGUCAUUGCAAAGGUCAUCAAGGUUGUGAUAUGCAGAAAGAUGACAUUGUAUCCCAAAGCUUGCAAUGGCCAUCUUUUGACAUAG